AUGGCGGAAGCGGGUGGACUGUCUACCUCUGGCGAGAUACACACCGACUGGCGCGAUCAAAUUCGCGCCGGUGCCGACGCAGCGGGUCUCGACGUCGCGUUCGUCUCUCCGGUCACCGACCACGCGGCGAGCGACGAUUGCGGCGUCGCCAUCCUGGGCGUCGAGGAGAGGCCGUUCUGGAAGGACCACAAGGGUGCGCGGGUCAACGCGAUCCGCAACCGCACCCUGAUCCGGCGCGCGGAUAUCGUCGUCGUGCGCUUCGGCGACAAGUACCGGCAGUGGAAUGCGGCCUUCGAUGCCGGCUACGCCGCCGCGCUCGACAAGCCGAUAUCACGCUGCACGACCCGGCGCUCACCCACGCGUUGAAGGAGGUGGACGGCGCCGCGCUCGCCGUCGCCGAGACGCCCGAGCAGGUGGUC